UGCGGGCCGGCCGUUCUCUUCGUUCCGGUUUUGCAGUAGGCUUUAGCUAUCUCUGUAGACUGUAGGGGCAGUUGUUGUAUGAGCUGGUAGCCUGCUUGGGUUGUAGGAGGUGGGCAUGAGCUGCAACGGGUGCCGGGUGCUGCGCAAGGGCUGCAGCGAGGGCUGCGUGCUGCGCCCCUGCCUCCAGUGGAUCGACGCCGCCGACGCGCAGGGCCACGCCACCGUCUUCGUCGCCAAGUUCUUCGGCCGCGCGGGGCUCCUCUCCUUCAUCUCCGCCGUCCCCGACGCGCAGCGGCCUGCGCUGUUCCAGUCGCUGCUGUACGAGGCGGCGGGGCGUACCAUCAACCCGGUCCACGGCGCGGUGGGGCUGCUGGGGACGGGGAACUGGCACCUCUGCCAGGCCGCCGUCGACACCGUGCUGCGUGGCGGCGCCAUCGGCCCGCUGCCGGAGCUCGGCAGGGGCACCGCCGGGAGCGGCGACCUCUACGGCCCGGCCUGCGCAGCCAAGCGCGCCGGCGGAUGGUCCACCUUCUCCACGGCGAAGCGGGUGCGGAAGGCCGCCAACGACGCGCCGCCCGCCGCGGAGGCGCCCUGCGACCUCGGGCUGUGCCUGAGCCCCGGGUCCCCGCCGGCGCCGGGGGAGCGGAGGGCCCCGCUCCUGCGGCCGGGCACGCCGUCCAUGAGCUCGGACGAGUCCGUGACCACCACCACGACCGGCGGCGACAGGGAGCCGGUGCUGCUCAACCUUUUUCCCUAAGCCUGACGAGGCCGCAGCUAAUCCUAAUCCACGCGUGCGCGCGUGCGUGGGUUCCCUGACCACCGUGUGCUACCAGGACGGACAAUCCCGGCGGCGAAGUACUUAGUUCUUUUCUCUUGUCGCCGGCGGCGAGGCCAUUUUUCCUUCGUUUCUGCGCGGCCUUUGAUUUUUUUUCUUUUGAAAAUUAGCACGGCCUUUGAUUUUGUUGUGUAGUAGAAAAAGAAGAUAGAGGCCCGGCCUGGACGCCCCGUUUGCGUGGGCGAGAUGAGAGCGCCGGUGGCCACCCCACCCGAGUAACAAUUUUCCCUUUUCUUUUUCCUUAUUAAGAACAAAUAUAUUAUAUAAAUAAAUAGCACUACUAAGCUGAGCUCCAUUUUCUGUGCUC